AUGCCUGUCAUUCCACCUACCCUGGCUCCUCCCCCUAUGCCUGUUAUUCCAGAUACCCUGGAUCCUCCACCUAUGCCUGUCAUCCGGGAUGAUGUGGCUCCGCCGUUGAUGGCAGCACAUGUUUCAUACACGUCUGUCGUCGACAAAAUCAUUAUGGACUCUCGUCCAGCUAUUUCCUCUGAGAGGAAGCAAGGUCGCUAUUCUCCACCCCCUGAAGCAUGCCACCUGCUCCUUCAAAACCCUUAUUUUCGAACCUACGGCAGGUUUGAUCCCAUGGGCGGCUACCCCGGUUCGCCUCCCACCCAGUCUGACAUUGAGUUCGAGGAUGUGACAGAUCAGACGGCAUAUUUUAACCCUCCUUUUCUAUAUAAUUAUACCGAGCAGCAGCUACGGGCAACAUACGACCAAAUAAUCGACAGUUCCGUCGGCGACAAUAGUUAUGACAGCAAGGUCACAACGUUUAAGAACCUCCGCCUGCAUCAGCUGCAGUCAGAAAUUCUGACUUAUAAUGCGCUGGAGGAAAUUGACGCUGGGCUGGCAGGGAUUGAAUCGAGUUUGGAAAAGCAUUUGUAUACCGGUAGAGAUGAAUAA